AUGGACAGCGUUCGUGCCGGACCAUUCGGCCAGUUGUUCCGCCCAGACAACUUUGUGUUCGGUCAAACAGGCGCCGGCAAUAACUGGGCCAAGGCGCACUGCGAUGGCCAUUACACCGAGGGUGCUGAGCUUAUCGACUCUGUCUUGGAUGUGGUGCGCAAAGAGGCCAUGGAUGACAGAGCUGGUAUGGGCACACUCUUGAUCUCCAAGGUGCGUGAGGAGUUCGAUGCCAAGAACAUGAUGUGCGCGGCAGACCCUCGACACGGGCGAUACUUGACAGCCGCCGCACUCUUCCGCGGCCGAAUGUCCACGAAAGAGGUGGAUGAGCAGAUGCUCAACGUCCAAAACAAGAACUCAUCCUACUUUGUCGAGUGGAUUCCCAACAACAUCAAGGCAUCCGUCUGCGACAUCCCACCAAAGGGAUUGAAGAUGGCCGUGGCUUUCGCCGGCAACUCCACAGCUAUUCAGGAAAUGUUCAAGCGCGUCGCGGAGUACUUCACGGCCAUGUUCCGCCGCAAGGCCUUCCUGCACUGGUACACCGGUGAAGGCAUGGACGAGAUGGAGUUCACGGAGGCUGAGUCCAACAUGAAUGACUUGGUUUCUGAGUACCAGCAGUACCAGGAUGCCACCGCCGAAGAGGAGGGAGAGUUCGACGAAGAGGAAGGCGAGUAUGACGGCUGA